GCGCGCCGCUCCUGGCCAGCUCACUGGUGCCGGGAGAGUCGCCGCGGGCAGGAGCGGCCGGGGAGCCUCCGGCGGCCGCCGCAGGCGCGCCCACGCUCCGCCGCCUCCCCGCCCAAGUCCCAUGCCGCCUCCGUGCCGCCCGGCGGGGACGCGCCGAGGAGACAUGCCCAGGAGCAGCGCGGCGGCACUGCCCUCUGCCUGCCCCCUUCAGCCUUCUUGCAGCGCGGGCAGAGGGGGCGCGCAGCCAGGCGCGGGAAGCUUUUAAGGGGCGCUCGCCGGUUCCCGGCCUCUCCCCCGGGAUCCUGCUCUCCAGCCUCCUGCGCGCCCCGUCCCCUCCACUAUGGCUCGGGACUUUGCGCCCCAGCUGUGGCGCGCGGCCGGAGGAGGGCUCAGUGCCUAAUUAGGGAGCAUGGCUUCGGGGGCUGGGCACAGCCUCAGGAGCGGCGGGGAGGAGGAGCAGCGGCAGCUGCAGCUGACUCGCUGAGGGGGCGAGCCCCAGGCUGGCGGCGGGGUCCCCCCUCCCCCUAGACUCCAGCCCAACUCCCCAGCUCCGUCAGCACCCGCGCUCCGGGGCCGGCCACCGCCCGCCUGGCAACCGCGCGGCGGCAGCGGCACCUGGCAGGGAGAGAGCAGCCCUGGGCUGGAGGCGCUGCUGUCCGGACUGAACUGGCUCCCACUCCCUGACUCCCGCGGCAGCCGAGCCGUGGCUUGCGGGGUAGCGGGCUGAGCCCGGGCCGGCUGGCGGACGGACCCCCGGAGCAGCCCCCGCUGUUGAAGGACCGGCCCCUGCAGUCCGUGGCGCUCGCUGCAGCGGCUUGGCUGGCUUGCGGCGCAGGGAGGUCGGACGGGGCUGCCACCAUGUCGAAGGCGGCGGCGGCGGACGGCGGCGGGGCGGCUCCAGCUGAGGACCUGUCCAAGGUGUCGGACGAGGAGCUGCUGAAGUGGAGCAAGGAGGAGCUGAUCCGCAGCCUGCGCAGGGCCGAGGCGGAAAAGAUGAGCGCGAUGCUGGACCACAGCAACCUCAUCCGGGAGGUGAACCGCCGGCUGCAGCUCCACCUCGGCGAGAUCCGCGGCCUCAAGGAUAUCAAUCAGAAGUUGCAAGAAGAUAACCAAGAACUGAGAGACCUUUGCUGUUUUCUGGAUGAUGAUAGGCAGAAAGGCAAGAAGGUAUCACGAGAGUGGCAGAGAUUGGGCAGGUACAGUGCUGGAGUUAUGCACAAAGAGGUUGCCUUAUAUUUACAGAAACUGAAAGAAUUGGAAGUGAGACAAGAAGAAGUGGUUAAGGAAAAUAUGGAACUGAAAGAACUGUGUGUUUUGCUGGAUGAAGAGAAAAGUGGUGGAGCAGGCAGCAGGAGUUCUAUUGACAGCCAAAUCAGCCUCUGCCAACUAAAUGCAACAAGUGCUUACAUACGAGAUGUCGGUGAUGGGAGUAGCACCUCUAGCACUGGAAGUACAGAUAGUCCAGACCAUCAUAAACACCAUCCAAAUACUAGUCCUGAACAUCUCCAAAAAAGUAGGGGUGAGGGAAGCCCUGAGCAUCAAAAACAUAGGAGUGUUAGCCCAGAGCAUCUCCAAAAACCUAAGAGUUCUGGAAGUCCCGAUCACCAGAAGCAUAUGAAAGGACCAAGUCCAGAACAUCAUAAAAAUGUUGGCAAAGGUAGUCCUGAAAAGCAAAAGCACACCAGUAGUAGUCCAGAAACUCUUCCAAAACACAUUUUAAGUAGUAGCCCUGAACAUUUUCAAAAACAUAGGCCUAGUAGUAGUCCAGAGCAUCAAAAGCACAGCAGUGGCAGCCCAGAGCAUCUUCAAAAACACACAUUGAGUGGAAGCACAGAACAUCUCCAGAAAGUGAGAGGGACAAGCCCUGAGCAUCUCAAACAACAUUAUGGGGGAAGUCCAGAGCAUCUCAAACAUAUCAGUGGAGGCAGCAGAGAAGGUACCCUGAGGAGACAAGUAGCAGAUGAUAUGUCACCUCAUCACAGAAGUGUAUACAAUGGAAUGAAUGAUCUCGAACCACCAAGACCAAAGGCUCCGCAGUCUUAACUAAACAUCAGAAGACACCAGAAUCAGUGUCUCCGCCAGGUACAGGUGCUUAGUAUUCUUUAAUUUAUUCCUUGUUGGAACUUGCUAAGAAAUGAGACCUGAUACAUCCUGCAAUCAAUAUGCUGAAUGUUACAUUUCAUCUAGUUGCUACUACAGCGCAUGUGUGUAGUUUGGAGAGACUCACUGCAACUUGGAUAUAUUCAACCAAGCUCUGUUAGCUUUUGGGAAUCGGCAUUUAUAUCUCUUACUACUUCAAUAUCAAAGUAAUAAAAUGGAAAAUGAGAUUGCCUAUCUUUUAGAAUAUACUGAAAAAUUGUACUCAAGUUGAAUCCCUGGAUUAACUGAAAACACAAAAAUGACUGAUGAGACUGUUUUGGAAUCUUGGAUCUGAGAGUUAUGUCAACUCAAAACACCCAGUCAUCCUGACUUUGUUGAGAAUUACUUGGAUGAUGCCAACUCUUUGUGUUGAUCACAGUCCAGCUCUUAUAUGUAGGUUGCAGAUCCAAAGGAGACAGAAAAGAUACUUGUGGCUGUCUAACAGCAAAAAGAAAUGCUGCAUAAAGGGAGCUCUGUUAUCCUAUUUCUUGGCAUUUAUGCAACAAUUCAAAUCAAACAGAGGUCUUUUUUAAUAUGCAUGUAAACAUUUAUCAACAACCACUUGGAAGAGCAUACUGUAGAUUGUGAAGCUAUGAGUCUGUUACCAGGACAACACAUUUUUAUUCUGGUACUCUGUCAUCAGAAGGGUUUUUUUUUAAAUCUGACAAACUCAGUUGCUGGAAGAAUUCUGAUAUCCAUUUGGAAAAGGGUGUUGUUUGAAUGACUGAAUUAUAUUGCAAUGUGAAAUCAAUAUUUUUUUGCUUUGAGAACAAAAUAUUGGUUUGAAUGUACAAUUGUGCAAGAGUUCAAUGUUUUAUUAAUAUGGCAAAUCUCUUUUUAUUUCUUGUUUAAUAUAGUUACAUUUCAAAGAGAUUUAUUUGUCAGUAGAUUGCUUUUAGAUAUUAGUUUUAAUUAUCAUUUCUUUACUAUGAGAUGGCAGAUAUCUGCAUUAUGGAAAAAUAGUAUGAAAUAGGUGAAAUUUGCCCCCAAAUUAAAGAUUUUAAUAGCAUGCUUUUACAAACUUCAAAUCAUUUGAGUGAAUUUACAUAAAACUCAAGUAGAAAUAUAAGUACUGUCCUCUGUUCCCCCCAAAAUUAUCUGAAUUGUUUUUUAACCACAAAAUACAAUGAACUAAUGAAUGAGAACAUGACAUUGAAAUUGACUGAAAGGAGACUGUAAUCCAGAGUGAAACUAUUAGUUGGUUUUCAUUAUCCAGAGUGGGAAAAAUGCAAAGAGUUAAAACAAGCAGCAUUAACAAUGAGAAAUGGUGUGUCCUAGAGAAUGAGGAGCUCCUUAAAUCAAAGCACUAAGACUCAUCCAACAUCUCUUCCUUCCUUCUCACGGUGACCAAUAUCAUCAUAAGUGGGAGGGGCAGUUGAUAUGAAGCUACUAGACAGACCGGUGACAUUUUCUUCAUUUGUCUCUUUCGAUUUUGCAGUGCUUCUUGCACUAUGACAGGCUGAUGGAAGAAUGGAGCACAAAUCAGGACAGAGGUAGAUGGCUAACAGGCUGCGCUGGAGAUUGAUCUUCUGGCAUUCAAUUUAGCAAGUUUAGUUAAGACCUAUUAAAUCGAAUGCUGAGGGUGGUUCUGAUCAGCACCAGAAGUCCUGGCAGUGGAGUAAUGGAAGCUGACAGGAGGGUUUGCUUCUGUUGGCCUCCCUUUUAUGUAUUUUAUGUAGCUGGAAUUGCAUACCUUAACCCGACUUUCCAGGCUUAGUGUAGACCUGGCCUUAGAGAGGGCAGCAGCAGCCCAAUAUCAGGAGAUGGUUUGAGUAUAUCAAGAACACAGGAGGUUUAGGCCAAUUCUGGGGACUUUACACCUAUGGACAGUUCUUUAUCAAAGCAGCUUUUGUUAACUUCAGGAGAGAGCUUCACAGGUCGGCCAGAGCAGAACAGGAACAUUUGGCCACAACUCCUCUUAAAGUUCUUCCUCAGUUCAUGAUGACGCAUCCCCUGCAGAAGGAUAUCAGGGUAUGUCCUGCAUAUCUGUUGUGCGAUUCUUCCAACAUCACUAUCAUGAGCCUGAUUCCCAUGCAUGACAAUGAAGGGAGGCAGUCAGAAUGUCUGAGUCUUAUUUAGACUGCUCUGGCAGUGCAAAGGAGUUUCAGCAUAAAUAAGAACAAAACCCAGGGGGUCUGCUUUAAAGAAAGGGAUUAUGUGGGCUUGGGGAAUAAAAUAGGGUAUUUCUUUCACAAUGGCAGCUGUUGGGUUCAGUUCAUCCUUACUGGCAUAGGAAAUGUUACUUGCUCCUGCCUGUGCCAUCAGGGACAGCUGUGCUCCAGAGAAUACAAUCUGGAGAAAGGGCAUGCUAAAGAAUUUUCCUUUGGAAGGCAGCUUUAAAUUAAGUUGGGGGUGGGAUGCAGAAAAGCCCAUUGGCAAAGGCUGCCAUAGGGUUAUGUUAAAUAAGUGCUCAAACCAUGAUCCGUGCUGCCCCUUUUGGGAACACGCUACCCAACUGCAGAACUCAUUAUGGGCUUUCAAUCAUGCUGGAUUAUUUUGGCAAAUCCAGGGCUGAGUCUAGCCAUGGGAUUAAUGCAAAUUCCACAGAGUUUCUGGGAGACUGCAGCUGCGUGGGUUAAUUUCAUCUGGAUCAAGCACUUAAUACUGUAAGUAGUAAUGUCUUCUAAUCCUGCACUGUGAGCAGAAAUUCUUUUAAAACAUUGAUGGGAAGGUUUGUCUGUUUCCUGUAACAGAGAUUGCUGAGAGCUGGUUUAUAUUACAGGUUUUGUCAUAGUUUCUGCUUCCAUCAGUUCAAUAAAUCGAUGCAUGGAAGCAAGGUUGCAGUGAUAAUUAUUCCGAUAAUCCUUGGCAUUUUACAGGGCGUGCUAUUAUUUUUCACAGGCUUAUUAGGACCUGCCUUUUCAAGGUGCUGUGUAGUUCUUGGGAGCUCCUUGGGUUCUUCAGUUCCCUGAAAGAUCAGGGGACUGCACACCACGCUGGAAGCAUCCCUGACCUGGUGGAAUGGGCCCAUUAUAGCAGUUCAGCUCCUGUAUCUUCUGUUGUUCAAUUGUUCUUGUUUUGUAAAUUUAUUUUUUUUAAAAAGUAUUGGGCAGAAAACUGAGAUUGAGUAGCCAUGGAAAUAAAUGUACAAUGUAGUAUCUAUCCUUCCCAAGGUUAUGUCUACACGGUAUUUAAACAGAUCAUCUGGCAAAGGAAGGGACUGAAAAUCCCUACUAAAUUGGUCACCAGAAUAAUCUCGUUAAUGAAUCUGCUGGCAAUCAGCAGUGGUAGUAGAUCUGCCUGCCUGCUCCAGCCCCAGUACAUAUCCUCAGAUUUUAAAUUUGCUUGCUCUGAAUCUAAAUGUGUAAACUCAGUGCUGCACUCAUCAGAGUCCUGUUGAGCUGCUGUCAGGACAAGUGAAUGCUGCAGUCUUCUGGAUAGAAACAGUUGCACUGGCCUGGGUGAGUGAGGCACUGUAGCUUUGAUUGUUUUAUACAUCUGUGCCUUGCUUGCUGUGAUGAGCCAUCAGAAAAUCCUCUCCUCUUUUUGCAGGCCCCAGUUCUGCAAAGACUGUACAUAGGCCUAAUCUGUGUGUGCUUGUGUGUAGAAGCAUGUAAAAUCCUGGUUAAUUGGUUAACCAGUUAACUG